UUCCAAGUAUAUUUUAAUGAUAAAGCAUCCAAUGAUUUUAACACUCUAUUUGCAUCGAUUCCUUUAAAAAAACGUUACUUUGCAGCAGGUGUACCGGGUUCAUUUCACGGACGUUUUUUCCCUCGAGCUUCCCUUCACUUUGUUAAUUCGUCUACUGCACUUCAUUGGAUUUCUAGAGUUCCUAAAGAAGCUGGCGAUAUCAAUUCCUCAAAAUGGAAUAAAGGCAGGAUACAUUAUACUAAUGCUUCAAAUAAAGUCCUGCAAGCUUAUUCAGCUCAAUAUGUGAGGGACAUGGAAGCAUUUCUUCUUGCUCGCGGAAACGAGAUUGUCUGUGAUGGAUUGAUGUUUAUUUUGGUUCCAGCUAUCCCAGAUGAAACAUUAGCUUCUGCAACAAGUAUUGGUGUACUUUUGGAUGUUUUGGGAUCUUGUCUCAUGGAAAUGGCGAACAUGGAAAUUUUGGAUGAAGCUAAAGUGGAUUUCUUCAAUUUGCCAGUGUACUUAACAUCACCUAAACAAGUGAAAGAAUUGGUAGAGAAAACCUAUAGAAAGAUGGGAGAGAUUAGGGACGGUGUUUCCGCCAGAAACUGGUGCGCAAAUACUUAGUAACCAUAUAAGAGCUGCAAGUGAAGAAGUCAUCAAACAACACUUUGGGCUCAGCCAUAAUGAUUUAGACAAAUUGUUUGAUCUUCACUCCAAAAGACUUAUUGAUCCUCUCUCAGUCUGUACUAAUUCAGAAGAGAAGUAUUUUCAAAUGUUUCUUGUUCUCAAACGCAAUAGCGUUAGUA